UGUGACGACUUUUCAAAAUGACGGCUUCCCGUUAACAUUACAAGAGAAUUAUAAAAAAAAAAUUUUCAAUCAUCUCUCAAUUCGAAAAAGAAAAUACCAAAAAUUUAUAUACGAAAUAGAAAAAUAAAAAGUGUAUGUGUUUCAUAAAAUAAUAAAUAUAUAUAAAAAAGAAACUACGAAACGAAAAUCAUCACGAAACUCGAUUUAUUAUUCAAAGAAAAAAAAAAAAAACCUAGCAAAAAAAAUAGUAGUAGAAAGAAAAUCGAAAAUGCAAAGUUUUUAUAAGUGUGUCGGUGGUCGGUGUAGUUAAGUUAGUAUGUAGUGAUGUUGGAUGUGGUUGAAUCGCGAAAAAGAAAAUUUUCAUUUCCUCUUCUCUCUCUCUCUCUCUCCCUCACCAUUGUCAUUAUCUUCGCUAUCCUGCCUGUCUUUUUUUCUGUGUGAACUGUGAAGUGAAGAAGGAAAUACAAAAUUUUUAAGGUGUGUGUGGUUAUUUUUUUUACUCUCAAUUAAAUCAAAAUUUAUCUUAUUUACUUGCAUUCCCUCACUCCCUCGGAUUUGCCUGAUUGAUUUAAUUGCAAAAUUAUUAUAAAUUAAGAAUAAUUUGAGCAAAAAAAAGAAAAGAAAAAAAAUCUGAAAAAAAACAUCGAGAAAAAAAAAAUUAUAUCAUUCCGUAAAAAUUGUCAACACGUCGUCGUCGUUGGUUUGUCGUUGUCGCCGUCGUUCUUUCCUUGUUGGUAGAUUCGAUUUUCGUUUGGUUUCAGUCGGUUCCAUUUAGCGGCGAAAUAUUUUGCAUUAGCGUGACAAGGACAAAGUGAUUAUCAUCAUCACCAAAAUCGUUUCUUCUUUUUUUUGUAUUUAUUUAUUUUUGGAUUUCGUUUUCUCUCAAAAAGAAAAAAAGUUAUCGCUUCCGAGAAGAAAACUGUGCGCAAUCAACAAUUCAUAAAAAAUAAGGAUAUAAAACGAGGAUUAAGAUUAUUUCACAAAUACACUUUUUUAUUAUUUUUAUUAGUUUUUUUUUUCUUCUUUAUUUAACCCAGCAAAUGUUGAUAAAACUACAAACAAAUUAAAAAAAGGUUCCUUUUUGAUUAAAAAAUACUAGUGAUUCUUCGGCAUUUCUCACCAUGAGAACUUUAUGAAAACCUCUCAUUAAACAAGCAUCGCUAAAAAAAAAAACAACAGAAAUAAACCCAUAAACAUCUAAGGUUUUAAAAACUUCAGUUUUGAAAAUGUGAUUUCCAAAAAUAAAAGAAAAAAAAACAAAAAUGUGUAACAUCACAACAAAAAGAAAAUAAUAUUUUUCAAAUAAAAACAGUAAAAAAACUAUUAAAAAAAAAUACAAAAAUAAAUUAACGGUUUUCUGUGCACCAAAAAUCUUUUAACCUGCAAAAAUGGCAUACCGUAAGCCAUCCGAUUUGGAUGGUUUUAUUAACCUCAUGCCAAAGGCUGAUAUGCGCGUUAAAGCAAUACUCGCUGAGGAUCUUGUAACAUUCUUGAGCGAUGAGAACAAUUCCAUUGUGUGCAUGGAUUUGGGCCUACUCGUCGAUGGAUUGAUGCCAUGGUUAACUGGAAGUCAUCAUAAGAUAGCACAAAAGUCUCUGGAAGCCUUUACAGAACUAAUCAAACGAUUGGGUCCGGAUUUUAAUGCAUACACAGCAACAGUUCUUCCACAUGUUAUUGAUCGUUUAGGUGACAGCAAAGAUACAGUCCGCGAGAAGGCACAAUUGCUGCUGCACAAUUUAAUGGAAUUCAAAGUUCUCAGUCCGCAACAGUUGAUUGAUAAGCUAGUGCCCUGUUUUAAACAUAAAAAUUCCAAAGUUCGUGAAGAAUUUCUUCAAACAAUUGUGAAUACAUUAAAUGAAUAUGGAACAUCGCAAUUAUCAUUGAAGUCUUACAUACAACCAAUUGUUAUACUUCUCGGUGAUCCAACAUCGACUGUGCGAGACGCUGCAAAUCAAACGCUUGUAGAAAUCUACAAGCAUGUUGGUGAUAGAUUAAGAUCUGACUUAAGACGUAAAGAAGUACCAUCUACAAAAAUGGCUAUCUUAGAACAAAAAUUUGACGAAGUAAAAGAAGAAGGUCUUCUACUGAAAUCAGCCUUAAAUCAUAAUGGGCACGACGAAGCAGAUCAUGCGGCACCAGUUCGACCUACUAAAUUAAUAAAACGAACAGUUUCAGCAGCGUCAAAGAAACCAACAUGCCUUGAUGUAACAUCAACUGGUGAUGCUGGCGCUGUAACAUGGGAAAUAUUUGAAGCCUCGUUUGAAUUGGUGCCGCAACUAACAAUAUUUCAUCAACGCGAUAUGGAUGACCAGUUUAAGCAUAUCAAUGCAGUGAUUGGAGAUAAAACCAUGGACUGGGAGAAGCGAGUCGAUGCACUGAAAAAAAUUCGAUCUCUUCUACUGUUAAAUUUUCAAAUGACACCUUAUAUAAAAGAUUUGUCGAUAUCAUUCCUUGACAUUUUAAAAGAGCUGCGUUCUCAGGUAAUUCGAGAAGCAUGCAUAACAAUUGCAUAUAUGAGUAAAACUCUGGGACUGAAAGUGGAUCAAUUUUGCAUUUACAUUCUCGCAGAACUUGUUAAUCUCAUUCAAAAUUCAGCCAAAGUAAUUUCGUCGGCUGGCACAAUUGCUCUCAAAUAUGUGAUCAAAUAUACACAUUCACCCAAAUUGCUCCAAAUCAUCACAACAACAUUGACACAAUCAAAAUCUAAAGACAUUCGUUCGUCUCUGUGUGAGAUAAUGGUUAUGAUAUUCGAAGAAUGGCAAACCAAAUCGCUGGAGCGAAGUGCAAAUACAUUGCGCGAUACCUUAAAGAAAUCUAUAAGUGAUGCGGAUAAUGAUGCUAGAAAGCAUAGUAGAAGAGCUUACUGGUUGUUCCGGAGACAUUUCUCAGAUUUGGCAGAUCAAAUUUAUGACAGUUUGGACAGUGCAACGCAAAGGGCACUUGAGAGGGAACGUGAUUUGAUGUAUGGUUCAAAUGGUACGGGGGGUCCAAUGAAUAAAAGUCUUGGUGGUAGUAGUUCAAGUUUGUCGUCUAUGGCGGGAGUGGGUAGAAGUACUCAUCGACGAUCUACUGGACUAAAGUCACCUGCUACAGCGCCUUCAGUUGAUACAAGCACUAGCACGGAAAAUCUGUCUCAGCCUAGAUUGAAUCGAGUGCCUUCGUUGCCGAGAUCAUAUAAUCGUAAUCGUAGUGGAAUACCAAUUGCUCAGACUUAUAUUCCUCCUAGAGCUGGCUUUAGAAGCGUUUCGGCCGUUGAUACUGCUGCUGUACAAAGAGCUAGAGCGCGUGCGCAAUACUCAAAUUUAGCUAGAUUAAAAGUUACAUCUGGAACUGCCUCGCUGCAAGGGCAUGUAGCCCAACAAGCACGUGCAAGAAAAGUUGCUAGCUCAACGACAACACCCCAACAUGCAUCACCUGAACACAGACCAACUCCGCGUUCAAGGGCAGGAGUCUCACAAUCUCAACCUGGGUCACGAAGUACAUCACCAUCAUCAAAGCAACGUUCAAUGUUUGGUUCAUAUUCAUCCUACAGACCAACUGGUACAAUACCAAAGCCAAAAGCAUCGGGUAUUCCAAGGUCAUUGGCCAAUUCAAGAGAAACCAGUCCUACAAGAGGCUCGACAUUACGAAGAAAUGUCUAUUCGACUAAUAGUCCUAGACGCCCGGAACGACCUCCCAUUAAUCCAGCUCGACCAGUAUUAGCCCAAAGGAUGCUUCAGCAGAGUAGAGAAGCAGAGAAUGCUCUAGCCGAUGCAUUAUCUCCUGAAGAGGUUGAUCUUUCAUCGGAUUACUCUCGAUUAUCGUUAGGUCGUAAGGUGUCGCGAGACGAAUCCGACGAAAGCGAAGCAUCCUCGGUAUGUUCGGAGCGAAGCAUUGAUUCGUUUAAGAGGAUAAAUGAUAGUUAUUCCUGGAAUGGAUCACGCAGUCGUUUAGACAGUUUCCGUGCUCCAAUCGAAGACAUCGACACCAUCAUACAAUUCUGUGCAUCGACGCACUGGUCUGAACGAAAAGAUGGCCUCAUUAGUCUCACACAAUUUCUAUCCGAUGGCAAAAUUCUCACACCCCAACAAUUGCAAUGCGUUCUCGAUAUGUUCCGUAAAAUGUUCAUGGACAAUCACACAAAAGUUUACGCCCUCUUCCUGGACACAGUCAACGAACUGAUUCUGGCGCACUCCAAUGAAUUGCACGAUUGGCUAUUUAUACUCCUAACCCGUCUAUUCAAUAAACUUGGCACCGAACUCUUGGGUUCGAUGCAUGGCAAAAUCUGGAAAACUCUCCAGCUUGUGCAUGAAUACUUUCCAACUGACAUUCAAAUGAAGGAUGUUUUUCGAAUUCUAUCCGAUUCGGCACAAACACCGCCAACCAAAACCAAAAUUGCCAUAUUGAAAUUCUUGACGAAUUUAGCAACAUCAUAUUGCACAGCUGGUGAUUUUCCCAAUCAGGGUCCCGUGGAGAAGGCCAUAUUAAAAAUAGUGCAGUUGGCUGGCGACCAGAAGAGCGUUGAACUGAGAGGUCAGGCGAGGUUGUGUCUUAUUGCAUUGUACAAUUGUAAUACACCAAAUAUGACGAAAAUUUUGUCGAGCUUACCAAAAACUUGUCAAGACUCAGCUCGAACUAUCAUUCAAACGCAUUUGAAACGCAGCACAUCCGGAACAAAUAGCCCAUCAUCGCCAUUAUCAUGUUCGAGUCCAAAACCUUUGCUUAGUCCAUCGCAAGGUCCAUUUAGUUUACAAAAUAAUAAUUCUAGUCCCCGUUCAAGACAGUCAUCGGUUGAAAAUAAUGAUCCCCUCAACAGUGAAGAGGUAUACAAGAGUUUGCGCAAAACGACAGCCGAAAUACAAAACUAUAGUUUCGAAUCGAAACUCGAUCGCGAUACGAAUAGCAAAGAUUCCGGUAUCAGUCAAAUGGGCGAUCAUGGAAUGGGUGGUGGCAAUGCAAUGCACAGCGAACAAUAUAAUGUGAUUUCAUCAAAUGGACUUAAUGGUCAUUUGCUAUUAUUGGAUAAAGAAGACUCGUGCAAUGGUUCAAAAACACAAUCGGCAACCACAACAGAAUCAAAUACACCAGAGAGCACAGUGCGUCUGGAUGCAAUGGAUAUGCAAAAUCACAAAGUCUCCACAGUGCAGAGGCAUCAUCAGAACUUCCAAAUCGGGGAGAAUGGUGAAAUUAUUUUAGAAAAUGGUUCCAGUGAAAGUGAUAUAAUUAAGGCUGCCAUAGUUUUAAACUUAGACACAAAUGCAGAAGUUAUACAACAAACUUUGGCCGAUCUGUCUGUGUGUAUAAAGAGCGGCAAUUGUGAUUUGCCCAACAAAAAUUUCAAGGCCAUAAUGAAAAUGCUGCUGAGCCUACUGGAAUCACCAACCCCCGAAGUGAUGACAUCUGCGCUCCAAGUUUUGGGCAAAAUUGUUCGCAGUGCAGAAAUGAAACCAUUCUGGAGUAAUUUCCUCGAAUUGAUACUUUUGAAAAUAAUCAAUUGUUAUCAAAAUAGUAAAGAGGCUUCUCGUGAAAUCGACAUCAUCAUACCUCGAAUAGCACCUGUUUUACCUCUUAACAUCUCAAUUAAUAUAUUAAAUCCAGUUAUUGCAACUGGAGUAUAUCCAUUGAACUUGUGUGCGGUUAAGUUACUUACGGAAUUGACCGAAAAACAAGGCAAUGAACUUACCGAUAUUCAUUUGGAAAGUAUUAUGCCAAAUUUAGCAAGGUUGACUGAUGACUCCCAAUCGAUGGUGCGUAAAGCAGCCGUAUUUUGUAUUGUUAAAUUGUACAUUGUUAUGGGUGAAGAUAAGGUUAAACCGAAAUUUUCGCUACUGAAUCCUAGCAAAAUAAGACUACUUAACGUCUACAUUGAAAAAACUCGUGGAACGAAAACUUCAUCAUGAUCGAAUGCCAAGUGAUUGUGGGCGAAAGGCAGACACUUUGCAAAACGCUUUCGACGUCUUAGUGGCAAGAUAAAAUUUAAGAACGGAACAAUUCCAGAAUAAAUGAAAUGAAAUUUCACUUCACUCUAUGCCACACAAAAAAAAAAACAAGUGAAAAAUAAUUUAAAAAAAAAUAAUAGAAAUAAUAAUUAAAAAAAUAAAAAACAAUCCACACAAAAUUUUCAGGAAUCUAGAGACAGAGAGAAAGAGAUCUAAAAGAUUGAUUGACGUUUUUAAGUUCUUCUUAUUAAUUUUUUUUUUCGUUUUAAUUUUAAUUUAUAUAUAAACAAAACAAAAAAAAAACAAUAACACCUUUCUGUUUAUUCAUUAUCUUAAUUAAUAUUUUCGUUGUAGUGUAUGUUGGCAGUUUUAUAUAUAUAAUAUAUGUUCUUGUAAAGUGUGUAAAAAAAAAUAACGAGGGAAAAAGAAAUGAUAAACAGAAAAAAAAACAACAUUAGAUCAUAACUAUACUUACAUGUUUUAUUUUAUAUAUAUUAUAACAAAAAAAGAAGAAUAAAUUGGCGUUCUUUUUUUGUACCAUCGUCGCUUUAAGUAAUUACAAAAAAAAAAUAACUAGUUUGUGGCAUAUAAAUACAAAAAAAAAGUGUAGAAAGAAACGAGAUAUCGAGUGUGUGUCUGUUGGAAAGAUAAAGAAAAGAAAACAACUAUGGGCAAAAAUAAAGAAAAGAAUGAAAAAAACUUCACAAAUCUGUCGAAAAAAAAAAACGUCAAAUAAAACAUACAAAACACUUUUUCCAGUUUGUACAAUAA